ACAUGUUAGAGCCAUGAAACGUGUAAACUAUUGCACAACCUUAGUACAAUGGAUAUUCACUGUUUACUUUCUAUCUCAAGCUAUCAUGGCAACUGCAGGAGCUGUCUGUCUUGAUUCUACAGAUACAUUUGCAGUCAAUUCUGGAGUUAACGCAAGCCUUCCUUUCAACGCAUCAAAUGAUGAGAAUCUAAACGAUUUCCGAGUCUAUCGUGCUCAGAAAAACUCUAUGGAAUUUGCUCACAUGACAAAAGAUAAAUCGAAAGGCGAUUGUUCUGGUUCAUUGUCGGAUCUUUGUGUGAAGGGGAAGGUAGAAUUUAGGAGAGAUAACCAAACUCAUUUGUUACUGGUGGAGAUUUUCCAUACCACUAUUAAUGAUAGUGGUCAAUACGCAGUCUGGGCUAAAUUUAACAGCGGUAAUUUACAUCCAGACGAGAAAACAGCGAAAUGCCUUAAAGUGAUACAUGUGAAAGUAGAAGGUAACUCUACAGAAACCACGACAAGUCCAUUUCCUCAGUCGACUCAAGUCUAUAGCCCAAGCAGUAGCUCAGAAACCACAAGUCCAGCUCCUCAGUCGACUCAAGUCUACAGCCCCAGCAGUAGCUCAGGUAAGCGUUGCCAGGGGGACUACUCACUGACUGUGAAUGCAUCUGGUGACAUCAUUAUUGUAAUGAGAAAUAUCUCAGAUCCUUAUUUUGGAAGCUACCUAAUAUCUGUUUAUCGUAAAUCAGACGACAAAAUAGACACCUUAUGGAUCAAAGUCUAUAAGAAAGAAUUUUUACUGCGAGAUAGGAGCCCAACUGCAAUGACUCCAACGGUAUUCCUGCCACAUGUGUCACAUACGCAUACAAAAGAUCACGUCACCACCGAGGAGAAUAAGCCCAGUGAACAGCCUAAAAGUAACGGUACAAUGAAAAACCACAUUAGUCGGCCCACUUUAGCUUACAACGGAAAAGAAAAGGCUGUACAGAGUGGAUGGCGUAUACCUGUUCUGGCAAUCUCCACUGGCUGUUUAUACCGCUUGUUAUUGAUAGAGGUAUCAUGGUACAAGAGUACAUGGGAAAAUAAAAUUUAAUUUACCAAGAGGACAAUGA